AUGAAAACCUUGUAUUCCCUGAGGAGGUACUUCCACGUGGAAACGCUCUUUAAUUCAACUCUUGUUGUUGGUGGUCGAGAUCAAGAAUCUACUGGGUUCGCUUGGUGGUCUGGAAACGCUCGUCUUAUCAACCUUUCUGGUAAACUUCUUGGUGCACACGUUGCACACGCAGGACUUAUUGUAUUCUGGGCUGGAGCUAUGAACCUCUUUGAGGUUGCACACUUCGUACCUGAGAAGCCAAUGUAUGAGCAAGGAUUAAUCCUUCUCCCGCACCUUGCAACACUUGGUUAUGGUGUUGGUCCUGGUGGGGAAGUUCUUGACACAUUCCCAUACUUCGUUUCUGGAGUUCUUCACCUUAUUUCAUCAGCUGUUUUAGGUUUUGGUGGUGUUUACCACUCAAUUAUUGGACCAGAAACACUUGAAGAAUCGUACCCAUUCUUUGGAUACCUUUGGAAAGACAAGAACAAAAUGACAACAAUCUUAGGAAUUCACCUCGUACUCCUUGGAUUUGGUGCUUGGCUUCUUGUAUGGAAAGCAAUGUACUUCGGUGGUAUUUACGACACAUGGGCUCCAGGAGGAGGUGAUGUGCGUGUAAUUAACUACCCAACUGGUAACCCAGGAGUAAUCUUUGGAUACUUACUUAAAUCACCAUUCGGUGGUGAUGGUUGGAUUGUUAGUGUAGAUAACAUGGAAGAUGUAAUCGGUGGACACAUUUGGAUCGGAACAAUCGAGAUCCUUGGUGGUUUAUGGCACAUCUUCACAAAGCCAUUCGCAUGGGCACGUCGUGCUUUCGUAUGGUCUGGUGAAGCGUACCUUUCAUACAGUAUUGCAGCAGUGUCAGUAAUGGCAUUCGUAGCAGCAGUAAUGGUAUGGUUUAACAACACUGUUUACCCUUCAGAAUUCUUUGGACCAACUGGACCAGAGGCUUCACAAGCACAGGCAUUUACAUUCCUCGUUCGUGACCAGCGUUUAGGAGCAAACAUUGCUUCAGCACAGGGACCAACUGGAUUAGGUAAAUACCUCAUGCGUUCACCAACUGGAGAAAUUAUCUUCGGUGGAGAAACUAUGCGUUUCUGGGAUAUGCGUGCUCCAUGGGUUGAGCCACUUCGUGGACCAAACGGGCUUGAUUUAUCAAAACUCAAGAACGAUAUUCAACCAUGGCAAGAGCGUCGUUCAGCUGAAUACAUGACACACGCACCGUUAGGAUCUCUUAACUCUGUAGGUGGUGUAGCAACUGAAAUUAACUCAACAAACUUCGUAAACCCACGUAGUUGGCUUGCAACGUCACACUACGUAUUAGGUUUCUUCUUCUUUGUUGGACACCUUUGGCACGCAGGACGUGCACGUGCAGCGGCUGCUGGAUUCGAGAAAGGAAUUGAUCGUGAUACAGAGCCAGUACUUUCAAUGCGUCCUCUUGACUAA